AUGGGGGCCAAAUCGGACGGGGCACCGCCGCCGCUGACGCAGCACCGGGUGCGGCGGUGCACGUGCCAGCAGAUGCAGCGGCUCCUGCAGGCCGAGGGCGGCUGGCGAGGACUGCGGGAGCCCGUCGUCUUCGAUGCCCCGGCGCUCCACGGGCAGCCGUUCGCCUCCCGCGAGGAAAUUUUGAGCCCAGGCUUCCGCAAGGACUUCCCCACGGUCACCGUGCUGAGCGACGCGCUCGCCGCACAGUUCGGGCCAGACUGGCUCGUCGAGGGGCAGACCUUUCAGCGGGCGGUCUGCGAGCACUGCUUCACGCAGGUGGACGGGGCCAGCGCGGAGGCGGGGCCGCUGCGCGAGCUAUACGAUGCCCUGCCCGAGUGGAUGAGGUGUCCGAUGGUCGUCGUGUCCACCGGCCCCGGCGGCUCCGGCGUGGCCUUCCACAAGCACUCCUCGGCGUGGCUCGCCCUGGUCGAGGGCAGGAAGCACUGGUGGCUCUACCCGCCGGGAGGCCCGCCGUCCAUGGAGGCGUACAGGGCCGUGGCGCUCUGCCCCGCCGCCCGCCUGGCGGAGGCCGUGGAGGGGCUGCGGCCCGCGGACCGGCCCGUGCAGAUCACGCAGAGGCCCGGGGAGGCCGUGUUCGUGCCAGCUCUCUGGUGGCACGCGACGUACGACACGGGGCCGACGCUCGGCAUCGGGGCGCAAUUCCACGUCCUCGACUUGGACGACUUCCCCAGCGCCGUGCGGGAGCAUCCCAGUUCGGCCUUCGUACUGUACCACUACGGGUGCGAGAGAUCCACAAGUCGGAGCCGCAGCGCGCUGCCACAUUCUUCGAGGAUUGGCGCGGCGGCGGAUACAGCGCGAGCCUCUGAAUUUCUAUUACAGCAUGAACCAGGAAGCCGGGAAAGAGGGGCCAAGGGGGAGGUCAUGGCAGGGCAGGCGGUCCAUGAAAGCUCCUCCGUGAGAGGACAACCGGGGGGCGUGACGAAGUGA